GUUUGGGCCACAGACAACGAGUUUGGGUUUGGCGCUAGCCGAUUCGUUAGAGCUACUCCUGUGGCCCAGCCGGGCGCUAGUACCGCCCCCUCCCCCACCCAAGGCGAUGGGCCAGGCUCGGCGGCGGUAGCGGAGGCCGUCUCGCGCGCGGUUGGGUGCCGUCGUUGCCGCGCGCGCCCCCAAGAUGGCGUGUGUGCUAGAGACGCCGCUCCGCAUGAGCGUCCUCUCGGAAGUAACUGCUAGCAGUCGCCAUUAUGUUGACAGAUUAUUUGAUCCCGAUCCCCAGAAAGUCCUUCAAGGUGUCAUAGAUAUGAAAAAUGCUGUAAUUGGAAACAACAAACAAAAAGCGAACUUGAUUGUUUUGGGAGCAGUUCCAAGGUUGCUGUAUUUACUUCAGCAAGAAACCUCCAGCACGGAACUGAGAACUGAAUGUGCAGUAGUGCUAGGAAGCCUUGCGAUGGGUACAGAAAACAAUGUCAAAUCUCUACUAGACUGCCAUAUUAUCCCAGCCUUAUUGCAAGGAUUGCUAUCACCAGAACUGAAGUUUAUUGAAGCUUGCCUCCGAUGUCUUCGUACCAUUUUUACCAGCCCAGUAACUCCAGAGGAACUAUUGUAUACAGAUGCUACAGUUAUCCCCCACCUCAUGGCACUGCUUAGUAGGUCUCGAUAUACACAAGAAUACAUAUGUCAGAUCUUCUCACAUUGCUGCAAACUUCGACACUGGCAUAGCUGCGGCUUUAAAUCGUCGCCUCAGCCACUUCUGUGUGCCAAUGGUCCAGAUCAUCAGACAAUCUUGUUUAACCAUGGAGCAGUUCAGAAUAUUGCUCACCUAUUAAGUUCCACAUCCUACAAACCAGCUGUUAGAUCUCUCAGAAUUAGAAGUAUCUGGCUCCUUAGGUCCCCAACAGUUCGAAUGCAAGCAUUGAAAUGCUUCUCAGUUCUAGCCUUUGAAAACCCCCAGGUAUCAAUGACUCUUGUAAAUGUUUUGGUUGAUGGAGAAUUAUUACCACAGAUUUUUGUGAAGAUGUUACAAAGGGACAAGCCUAUUGAAAUGCAGCUCACAUCAGCCAAAUGCCUUACUUACAUGUGCAGAGCAGGAGCAAUCCAGACAGAUGAUAACUGCGUUGUUUUAAAGACACUGCCAAGUUUGGUUCGGAUGUGUAGUAAGGAAAGAUUGCUGGAAGAACGAGUAGAAGGAGCCGAAACACUAGCCUAUCUAAUUGAAACAGAUGUUGAGCUCCAGAGAAUUGCCAGUAUUACAGACCAUCUUAUUGCAAUGCUUUCUGACUACUUCAAGUAUCCCAGCUCAGUCAGUGCAAUCACCGAUAUCAAAAGGCUUGACCAUGAUUUAAAGCAUGCUCAUGAACUGCGCCAGGCUGCGUUCAAGCUGUAUGCUUCACUUGGAGCAAAUGAUGAAGACAUCCGGAAGAAGAUCAUUGAGACUGAAAAUAUGAUGGACCGAAUUGUGAAUGGCUUGUCUGAGUCUAGUAUCAAGGUGCGGCUAUCUGCAGUCAGAUGUUUGCACAGUUUGUCCCGGUCUGUGCAGCAGCUACGGACGAGUUUCCAGGAUCACGCCGUAUGGAAACCCUUAAUGAAGGUUUUACAGAAUGCUCCAGAUGAAGUCCUGGUGGUAGCAUCUUCCACACUAUGCAACCUACUCCUUGAAUUCUCCCCAAGCAAAGAGCCUAUUUUAGAAUCGGGAGCCAUAGAACUUCUAUGUAGUUUAACCCAGAGUGAAAAUCUUGCUUUGCGAGUGAAUGGCAUUUGGGCUUUAAUGAACAUGGCAUUUCAAGCAGAACUAAAGAUCAAAGCAGACAUCUUACAAGGUUUGAGUACAGAACAAUUAUUCCAGUUACUCUCUGAUUCAGAUGUAAACGUGCUAAUGAAAACUUUGGGACUGCUCAGAAAUCUUCUGUCUACUCGCCCACAUAUAGACCAGAUAAUGAGCACCCAUGGAAAGCAGAUCAUGCAAGCAGUGACUCUUAUUUUGGAAGGGGAGCACAAUAUCGAGGUCAAGGAGCAGACAUUAUGUAUACUUACCAACAUAGCAGAUGGAACAACAGCAAAAGAACUCAUUAUGACCAAUGAUGACAUCUUGCAGAAAAUUAAGUAUUACAUGAGUCAUUCGAAUGCUAAACUUCAGCUUGCUGCCAUGUUUUGCAUAUCUAAUCUCAUAUGGAAUGAAGAAGAAGGUUCACAGGAACGCCAAGAUAAACUACGAGAUAUCGGAAUAGUAGAUAUUCUACACAAACUGAGUCAGUCAUCAGAUUCAAAUCUUUGUGACAAGGCGAAGACAGCACUCCAGCAGUAUCUUGCAUGAUCAAAGACUGAGUGAAUCUUUGGACACCCUUCGUGUGUUUAAGGACUAAAAGGAAAUAGCCUCAACUGAUUCCUUAUAUUUGCACAAGUCACCUUGGGCUGCAUUUCUCUCAGGUGCAGGGAGCUGCUUUGCAGAAACAGUUUAGGUGAUCAGGUCUCCAAUGCACUUGAACUUCCUUGAGGUAGUUCUUUACUCAGAGGACUAUUGUAGGGGGGUUUGUUUUUGUGUUUUUUCCUGAGCUACCUGGACUCUCUAAUAGAACAAUCAAUCAUCAUUUUCUUUUGGGCCUACAAUUUUCUGCUUUUGCUGCAGCCUGCGUGUGUGUUUGGGUGUAUGUGUGAGUGUGAUACCUCAGAAUUUUGUUUUCCUUUUUUGUGUGAAAAUCUUUCUACACAUUUUCAAGGGUUAACCAUUGUUUGCUGUAUGAAUAAUUAAUUAUAUACAGUUUGAAUGAAAUGUUAUUUAAAAAAACACACUGUAUUCCUUAAAGUUUAUUUUGAAUUUUGAACAGAUGAAUGUUUUUAAGUAAAACAUAUGCAUUCUGAACCUAAGCUUAACUUAUAUUCCUUUUUGAAGAGAAAAAUUGAGGAAUACAGUAGACUCAAAUAACAGCUAGCACAUUCUGUGCUAUGAAAAAAAUCGAAGAGAUAGCAUUUUACUGCCCCGCAAUCAACAGGUACUGAUGUCAUUUUCAGCUCAGCAGAAUAGGUCAAAAGGUUUGUUUGGGGUUUCUAAAUUUUUAGAAGACAAGGGUAGACUCUCACUCUCACCAAUUGUAUAAGUGUUGUGUUGAUCUUCUGCCAAAAAGAAAUAGGUGGAUGUAAUAUCAGCACUGGCUUGGGGGAAUGAGCCUAUUGCUAUGAAAUCCAAGAUCUUGCUGAGAUUAUUGCUGAAAGGUUGGUUUGUCUCAGUGAUAAGGAACACCAGCUGACUGUGACACCAAGAUACAUCACAGGUAGCAGCAUGUUGCAAGACUUGUACUUUCAAGAUACCAAGCGGGCCUGGCAUGUUAUGUCUUAAGGGACUUGUUUGGUCAUACCUAUACCUCCAGAUUCAGUUCACUGCUCUAUAAAAUAUUUCUCCAUAAUAUUAGCUUAAUAGGUUAGAUUACAGGAGAAUGGACAUGUUAUUAGAAAAUUAUCUCCCAGUGACAUUGCUAUAGUAAUAGCAAUAUAUACAGACAUAUCCAGGAAUUCAUAUACAUGGAUAAUACCCCAGAUUUUAUUGUAUUUAAAGGAUCAGGUUAUCAAAACCUGGCCUCUGUCUGUGUGCCUACAAUUUGUGGGCACCUAAAAUUGUGGCUUUAGUUAUUUGUAGAAACAGCAUUUACCUUUCUCAUUGCAAUCAGAUACUUGGACUAUUAAAAAGCUGGAAUUAUGACUGACUAAAUUGUGAUGAAAUAUUGUAUCUGCAGGAAUUCAUAUCCACUGAACUGUGGGCAGGGAAAGGGAAAACCAUUUAAGAUUAUGCUGAAAAUCAGACCCUGCAUUAUUACUGAAUUCAGCUUCAGGAGUUAAAUGUGUGUAGAAAGAAAUGAGUGCAGCAAGAAGCUCUCCCAGACUGCAAUUCAGGGUUACUACUUUCCUCUUGCAGUACAUUUACCAUCUGCUUCCUGGUUUUCAGUUUAGAGAAUGGCGUUAAUAGAGUCAAAAUCCCCACACACUAUGUCUACUUAGCACUAAAGGGCAAACUGAAGAAUUCAACUCUACCUUAAAAAUCUCCUUUUGCAGUCUGAGCUUCAGGUCGAAAGGACAGGACUGUAACUUGACUAACCAGUUUUCAAAAAUGUAAUCUCAAACCUUUAUCCUUUAUUUCUAAGCAGUGUCGGAUUAUAAUUGCCUUACUUUUCUGAGUGGUCCUAUUAAUUUAAUGGAAACUAUUUGUGUGAGCGAAAGGUGAUCACAGUUUGGUCCAGAGUUUGAAUGUUAUGUAUUGUAGCACUUUUACUAUUUGGUUGCAAAGGAAAAUACAAUUUUAUAUAAGUUUAAUGUAAUUGUUUUCCCACUCUGAAAAUCAUAUAAAAGUGAGCACCUAACAUUUUUUCCAAUGUGGACAUGGCAAUAAGUGAGUGGCCAUUUCUUAUUAUUGCUAAAAGUCUUUGGUAAUGGGUCUGCACAGAGAGGCAAGUAUAAAUAUGUGAGAACCUGAUAAAUAUCUAGUAUCUCAGAAAUAAAAGCCUUAUUUAAAAAGUAAAAUGAACCAUAGUUUUGGUAGCGCUGAGAAAACACUUCCUUGGUUAAACUUUAUAUACACGUUGGGGGCUAAAUUUUCAAAAUAGCCUGAGCUUGAACUCUAAAUUUACACUCCUGAUAUUUUGUGCACAUAUUUUCAUAUGCUCAAGCUUUUGCAUGUCCCUCUACUCACAUCUGCAAAUCUGAGUUUGUGUUCAAAAAAUUGAAUGACUAAAAUUG